CUGGCCGAACACCGUGUUAAAGUAGGCGGGGCGAAUAAUACGAAAUGUGAAGUUAUAAAAUAUAAACUGGGAAAAAAAAAUAACCAAGGGACCGAAACAUUUUUUAAAUUCCUUUUUAUGUAUCCCAAGUGACAUUUCACCUGCCAGGUUCCAGCCACACAAUGUGCAUCGAGGCCCUUUUCCGUGACAACAGAGCAAAGUUCACUUGCUGCGUGAACGUUUCAGAGCAGCCAUCGUAUGGCAAACUUGGAUAGAAACUUUGCAAGACAAGCGAUUGCAGCGAGGCGAGGAAGAAGUGAAAACAGAAAAAGAUGAGGUCCAGCUUUUCCAAAAACGCAGUUGCAAAGUUAGAACACGAUAUCUGCGAGCUCCUCCGUGACCUCAACUAUGCUUUCUACGACACGCCCACCCAGUGCAUCCGCGCGGGAGUCCUGAGCUACCACCGCGAGUCUGACAACCCUCGACUGGCCAUCACGGCAGCGCACUUAGAGGCUCCAUUCGAGUAUCCAAGAAAGUGUGAAUACUGCCACCGGAACGCCCGGCCUGUGCUGGAUGUGAGAUGGGAAGACGAACUGGAGGCGGUGCCGGGGUUCUGCUGUGCCCAGCGCAAGAUGCUCUGCAUGGCCCUGGUGAGGAAAAGGCCUUCGGUGAAGGCCGAACUGGAAGAGGAGAGCGCCAGCAUGAGGCCAAGGGAGAAGCCCUCCGACCUGGCCGAGGCGCUGCUGAGCGGCAGAGAGAAGAAGAACGCCAAAAAUUUUACAGACCUCUCGCGUGGACUGAUGGAGCUCGCAGACUUGAGGAGAGAUGACGACGCCUCCCAAAAGGCAGAACCCAGCCUGGAGACAAAGAUCCUCAGCUUCCGGCUCGCUGGUUCCGCGGAAGAAGGAGGGUGGACGCUCAAGAAUGUGCCCGAAAAUGUGGUGCAACUCAAAACGGACGAGGCCAGAGAGUCCAUUUGCGACCACAGGCCACCUCUGUUUGGCAUAUGUCAUUAUAAGGACGGGGAAUUUCAGCAGAGGUUUUACACGGACGGCAAACGCUUUCUCAACAUGUUCCCGGACGGCUCUGCUCAGAUCUUUUAUCCGGGACAACUUUUGGCUCUCGUGUUUGUCACCACCAAAGCCAAGGAAAAGGUUUGCAUCGUGUAUGACAACCACCUAAAUGCGACGCCGCACGCAGCCAACAACAACCAGAACGCGACGCCCCACGCGGCCAUCCGAGCCAUCUUCCAGUCGAACGGCAAGGCGACGUGUUACCACAGCAACGGAAACAUAUGGUUGAGUCUAAACAGAGCCGGGGGUCAGUGCUUGGACGAGACGGGCGGCAGGAUCCGUCGCUGGAGCUGGAAAACGCUCCCUCCCCCUCACCUGCCUCCUCUCUUCCUGUCCCUCAAUAAGAAUAUCGGGGUGCGGGUCCUGGGCAAGGACCAAAUUUUUGUCUCCUUCCUGGCUAACGGUCAACAGGCAAGGUGUAGCGUGGGGAGCUGCAGCGCACAGUGUAAAUGCACGAGAGAGAUGCCUACGAGCAGCCCGUCGUUGCUGAAGGACGAGCUGUUUGUGCUGGCCGCCCGCGUGAAGAUCCACCUGUGUAUCCAGCACCUCAACUGGAGCCUCCUGACGCCACUGCACCAGAAGAGCGCGCCGGCCCCGAGCAUCCGCGUCUUCGGCAAAAAACUCCUGGAGAUCAGCACCAACGUCCUGAUGAGCCAGCACGAACGGGCCUUCAUCAGGGGCUGCCUUCAGGACUGUCUCUAAUCCAAGAAAGACACCUGCUGCUUUCAUAGUUACAAUAGGUUUUUAAUUCAUCAUAUCAACUCAUUCCAAGUUAUGCAAUAUAAAAAUUACUCAAAUCAUAGCAAAAAACGUAGUCGCUCAAUGUUAGUUGGACAACAGCAGGAUAAGUUGUUUUUUUUUUUUUUUUUUAAACACAGCUGAGCUACUUUGACAACAACUUUUUAGGAAUUCUACAGGGUGUUCAGAAACUCACUGUGCAUUUACACUUUUAAGACGUUUCAAUUGAGACAUCAGGACAUUAUCAUUCAGCGUCAUAACCGUGCGUGCACAUUGCACGUGAAUUAUAACGACGAGGAGGAUCCACAGUUUGUCCACUUAUUCCUGCAACGUAGGCAAAAUGGGGAAUUAGCACUGCACCUGACUUCAGACCUGGAUUAGCAGACAGCACACCUAACACCUGUAUCAUCUCUUUAAAUUGACUAUCAAAUUUGAAUAUUGACUUAUCAAGACAGAAUAGGGGGUACAUGUUUUUGUUUUUUUUUU